GUUAUUUCCUUUCUGUGGUCAAUGGUCAUGGCCUUUUUGGUCUUGCCAGUGGUAGAGGACAUUUCGGUGUCAUCGGGUGCAAACCACGAGUGUCAACUUAUUGUAUGCACCUACAUGCAAUGGUUCCACCCAACUCUCUGUGUGCAUCUGUCUAAAUAAUAUCUGAUGCCAUUUCCUAUCCAGCCCUUCCUCUCCCUCACCUUGCAACUUAAACGUUGGAAGAUGGCCCCAAGCCCGACUUACAAGCAAGCAACAGGCAGACAACAAUCUCACCCCAAACUGACUGUUACUUUGAAGGAUGUACCAAGCUGGCACUGUGACAACGUGUAUAUUCUUACUGGAUACCGAAGGCCACAAGACUGGAGAGGUUGUGUUCAUUCCAUCUAUGCUUAUGUGCAUAACGAAACCGGAAAUAUACACACUCACCUGUGGCCUGGUGUACUUUCUCUAUAUUUCAUGGUCACAGUCAAUCCAUCGCAGCUCACAUCUGGCCGAACGACAUGGGUGGACUCGGCAGUGUUUUCGAUCUUCUUUGCCUCAGCCACAUUUUGUCUACUGUCUAGCGCAGCAUGGCACACUGCGACCGCUCAUAAAUCCCCAGAAGUCUGCUCUCGUUGCAAUGCCUUGGAUUAUGUUGGAAUCAUCGUUCUGACUGUGGGAUCCUUCUGUCCGUUGCUCUACUAUGGAUUCUUCUGUGAACCCGAGACUCUAAGUCUCUAUAGCUCAAUUGUUCUCUCACUGAAUGCCGCGGCGGCCUUUGUUAUUAUUGAUCCCGAAUAUGCAAAACCCACACACAUCGCUCUGCGCACUACGAUCUUCAUAGGACUAGGGGCUUUCUCCGUAAUUCCGGUCUUGCAUUGGCUUGUUGUACAUGGACCGGCGACGACACUUACGGCGAUGGGUGUGAGAUGGUUCAUCUUAUCCGGAUCCACCUACAUUGGAGGUGCCUUGCUGUAUGCGAACCGGAUCCCAGAAUGUUUCCAUCCCGGUACUUAUGACUAUCUCCUCAACUCCCAUCAGAUCCUCCACGUCUGCGUGGUAAUGGCUGUUUACUUCCAUUACAAGUUCAUGUCCGUAGCGCUUGAUUAUUCCCAUACCCAGUCUAGAUGUGCAUAACCCGUUUUUCUGUGAAAUCGUUUAUGACUUGUUUAUGCUAGAGUUUAGCUUGAGAUCCGAACCGACUUUGUCUCCUUCUGUCCGC